AUGUACAACGAAUUGGCCGAAGACUUUAAUGACUACUCUAUGUAUGAGAACCGCACGGGUCUGGCGGAGGACAUGAAGUUUUUGGCCUCAAUGCCCGAACUCUGCGACAUUACAUUCCUCGUCGGUGAGACCCGAGAGCCGGUCUGCGCUGUGAAGGCGGUGUUGGCGGCGCGAAGCAGAGUGUUUCACAAACUACUGUACGGCCAAAAGCAGCACCAAAUUCCCGGAACCGGUAAUACCGGGAGCGGCGGUAACGCCAAAGAAACCAUAGCUAAGAAAAAAGAAUCG